GCGAAAAAAUAUAGAAUAAAUAAAUCGGUCUUAAUAAUUCUUACAAAUUCUCCCACCGAAAGAAGAAGCCGAAGAAGGCUUUUUCCUCCUCUUUCAAACUCUGUAGUAGCAGAGCUGUGAAUUAGCGAUCCAAUCCAACUCAGAGUUUUGAAAUGGAGUCGUAGCAAACCUGCGUCGAUAUUCUCAUGUCCGACCAGGGAGACGGUCGUGUGCUCGUCGCCGCUGCUAUCCUCGGCCAUGGCGGCUCCGUUUGGGCCCAGAGUCAAGACUUCCCUCAGUUCAAGCCUGAAGAAAUGGCUGCGAUCAUGAAGGAGUUUGAGGAACCCGGCACACUUGAGCCAACAGGCUUGUUUCUGGGCGGCACAAAAUACAUGGUGAUCCAAGGUGGGCCAAGAGCUGUAAUUGGAGUGAAGAAGGGUACCGGAGGUAUUGCAGUUAAGAAGACUGGAGAGGCUCUAGUUAUUGGAAUACAUGAUGAUCGGAUGACUCCAGCCCAGUGCAACCGGGUUGUUGAGAGGCUUGGAGAUUACCUUAUUAAUCAGGGACGUUAAGCACUCUCUUGUUUAAGAACACGGGUACAGCUUGUAGAUUCCUUUGGUGGCUUUUCUUUUUUGCAAGUUUGGUAUUAGGGCUUGCAGCCAGCUGAACUUGUCGGGUUUGGAAUCAUGCGCUUCCACGUUCUUGAAAAAGUCAACUUGUAGCUGUCUCGGUUUUCGUCCUGGAAUUUUCGACACUUUCUUGUGUAUUUUUAUUUUGUCAUGAUUGAAUUUUUCUUUUUUCCAUUUUCAUUUGGCCUUUGAACUUGAUUUGCACACUAUAUUUGGCUUUGUUACUGGUGGUGGAAUAAAUGAAUAUUCAUACCGAUGUACUCGAUCGAAUACCUCUUUCUUUUCUUAAAGGCUUUCCCGAUUGAAAUUACUGAGAUUUAACUAAGAAG